GAACCCAUAGAAGCUGAAGAUUGGAAUGGAAUAUUAAACACCACUGUUAAUAAAAAAGUCUGUAUGCAGAACAAUGCAUUAGCUUACACUAAGAUACCCGAUUCCAUGGAAAUGUCUGAAGAUUGUCUAUUUAUAAAUGUUUAUACUCCAGUGAGACCCAACAAUAGACGAAAGGUUGUUUUACCUGUACUAUUCUGGAUACACGCAGGGGGGUAUUUUUAUGGUUCUGGAGCAUAUCAGUAUUGGAAUCCUAAAUUUUUCAUUGAUGCCGGCAUAGUUGUUGUCACAAUGAAUUAUCGUUUUGGUCCCUUUGGAUUUCUCACAACGGCUGAUAAUGUAAUACCUGCUAACUUGGGACUGAAAGAUAUAGUUCUGGCAUAUGAAUGGGUCCUUCGAAAUAUUCACUUGUUUGGUGGAAACAUCAACAGGAUUACAAUUGGAGGACAGAGUGCUGGUGGAUUUUCUGCUGGAUUUUUACAACUUAGCAAAAAACUUCGAG